AUGGAGCAGGUCCCUUCUGCUUCUGGGUAUCGAAACACGAGAACGGUGAAGUGGUUCAGUGACCAAAAGUGUUUCAGUUUCAUUAGUCCUAAUGAUGAUGAUUUAGUGACCAAAAGGGUUUCAGUUUCAUUACUCAUUAGACCUGAAGGUUUUCGUACCUUAGUUGAUGGUGGAGCUAUUGAAUUCGAUGUGGAACCAGGGGAUGCUGGCUGUACUAAGGUGAUCAAUGAUAUCGACCCAGAUGGUGCUCCUAUCAAAGGAGGAUCCCGUGAUGAUAGAGGUGGUGGAGGUGAUCAAUAUGGUGGUGGCGGUUGA